AUGGGAACGACAUACGUUGAUAAAAUCGAAAUCAGAGGCAGUGAGAAUGCCGGUGUGGAUAUUGAAAGAACUGCCACUACGGUAACGGAUCAGCAUGGUGACUACAAGGAGAUACCCUCUGAGUCACUCACGGCUGGCUACCACCGAUCCCUCACCAGACGCAAAGUCAUGAUGAUGACGUUUGGCGCUGGCAUUGGCACAGGCCAAGCCUUGCACUAUGCUGGUCCUGCUGGAACCGCUGAGGCAUAUACACUCACCGCUACCUCCCCAUCUGUUUCAAAUUCAGAGUUGCUGAUACUUGUGAAGUGGGUGAUGAUUAUCCCGGCAGAAAUCACAGCAGCUAAUUCUAUGCUUCAAUUUUGGCCAGAAACCAACGUCAUUCCUCUCGCUGCAUAUAUCACGAUAUUUAUUAUCAUCAUUGGCCUUGGUAAUACAUUCCAUGUCAGGAUCUACGGGUACAUCGAGUACUACAUGUCGUUCAUCAAAUGCCUGGCUGUGAUAUUACUGAUAUUCUUCAUGUUUAUUAUCACAUCGGGGGGCAUCACCGCUACCAACGGGCCAAUUGAGUUCACUUACUGGACGAACCCUGGUGCCUUCAAAAAUGGAAUCAAGGGAAUUGCCAAGGCUUUUGUACAAGCUGCCUUCAGCUUUGGAGGCGGUGAGCAUAUUGCAGUAAUUGCUGGAGAAGUCGCAGACCCACGCCAAACUAUCAAAAAGACAGUACGACCCGUCUUCUGGCGCAUGUUUACUUUCUUUGUUGUGAACAUCUGGCUUGUGGGACUGUGUGUCCCAAGUGAUGACAGCGAUCUCCCAAGUGCAAGUGGAACAUUAGGCAGUCCGUUCGUGAUUGCCAUAAAGCGUGCAGGUGUCUAUAAACUGGCGCACGUUAUCAAAGGCUUCAUUUUUCUCAGUGUGAUCUCUUGUGGUAUAACAAGUGUAUAUGUGGCAUCCAGCAGUUUGACAGCCCUCGCCGACACGAAAAUCAUUCAUCCAUUCUUUGGGAGGAAAGAUAGCCAAGGUCGGCCGUAUGUUUCUAUCAUCAUCAGUUUGGGAUUGGGUGGUGGUCUCUGCUAUCUCAACGUCAACAGUGUUGGCGUUAUUGUUUAUGGCUGGUUCUCAUCUCUGGUUGCUAUUGCGACUCUAUUUGAAUGGUCAUCAUGCUACAUUUCCCUCCUGAGGUUCCGAGAAGGGUUGGAAGCACAAGGAAAGGAUCUGCGCACUCUUCCAUUCAGAGGCUUUCUCACUUCAUGGGCUCAAUACCUCUCCCUGAUCAUCGUUGUCUUGAUUUUUGGCUGUGAGUUUUACCUACCCUGUUGGCCAUUCGGUGGGAGAGGCUCUGUGAAAAUCUUCUCGGGCUACCUUGCCGCGCCGCUGUUUUACUUUGACUACUUCGCGUAUAAGGUAUGUUGA